CCGCGCAAACUUUCACUACAGCUCUGCUGAGACACUUCGGUUCUGUGCGUGUUGCGCUCUGAUCACCUCCGCAGUCCUCAAGUCUGUCCUGAAGCCUUAAAGUCUAUCAAGCCUUUCCAUUUGAUGAACUUCCAGUGGUCAGAUUCCUGCUCAAAAAGAAGAGAGAGGAGGAAAGGAAUAAGUAUCUUUGGGGUAAACGGGGUUCUCUGAGGAGCAGCAACCCGCUUCUCGUUCUGUUUUGUUGCGCAUAAUCGCGCACAGCGUUUUAAAGGAGAGAACGACCUUCUGCACAUAAAACAAAACUCUUCGCCAGUCUGCACCCGAGUCCAUACAUGGAUGGUACGAGAUUUGAUGUCCAACGCAGACUGUUCCUCUGAUUCCAGGCGCCGAGUUUGGAGAAACUGCAAGCUGUGAGACUCCAGGGGUUCAUGUACUGGAAAAAUGAAGUUUUGUCCCCUCUUUCAGAGGGAAAUAAGAUUUUGUCCGAAGGAAUUCCCACAAAACAGGUGAUCUGUACCGAGCAUCAGAGCACACCGGGAGCUCCGCGCCGCAGUGUGGACUCUGAACACACACCUAUGUCUCACUCAGACGGAGAAUCCCAGCGGUCCAACAUGGAGCGGGAGGACACCCGCUCGUCCCCCAGCACUCCGUCCACCCCGUCAGUGUGCUCACCGACUUCCACCACGAGCUCGGUUCCAUCCACGGGGAAGAACAUGUGCGCCAGCUGCGGUCUGGAGAUCCUGGACAGAUAUUUGCUCAAGGUGAACAACUUGAUCUGGCACGUGCGCUGUCUGGAGUGCUCGGUGUGCAGGACGUCACUACGUCAGCACAGCAGCUGCUACAUUAAAAACAAAGAGAUCUUCUGUAAAAUGGAUUAUUUCAGUAGGUUUGGUACUAAGUGUGCCCGCUGUGGGCGGCAGAUAUACGCCAGUGACUGGGUGCGCCGUGCGAGGGGGAACGCAUACCACUUGGCUUGCUUUGCAUGCUACUCAUGCAAGAGGCAGCUGUCCACAGGGGAAGAGUUUGGUUUGGUGGAGGAGAAGGUCUUGUGCCGCAUCCACUACGAUACCAUGGUGGAGAACCUUAAACGAGCGGCUGAGAGUGGCAACGGCAUUACAUUAGAGGGAGCCGUUCCAACAGAACAAGACAGUCAACCCAAACCGGCCAAGAGGGCACGGACAUCGUUCACUGCGGAGCAGCUACAGAUAAUGCAGGCACAGUUCGCUCAGGACAACAAUCCAGAUGCCCAAACACUACAGAAGCUAGCCGACAUGACGGGGCUAAGCAGGAGAGUUAUACAGGUGUGGUUUCAAAACUGCAGAGCAAGACAUAAAAAGCAUACGCCCCAGCACAGUGGGGCUCCCCAGGGCCAUCCUCAGUCCAGGAUACCCUCAUCUCUACCCGAUGAGCUGCAUUACUCCCCGUUUGGUAGUCCUGACCGAGCCCGCAUGGUGGCCCUUCAUGGGUACAUCGACAGUCACCCCUUUUCCGUCCUAACCUCUCAGAGUCUCCCUCACCAGGCCAUGUCGUUGCCCCAGCUCCCCCUCAGCCGCUAGUUCUCCACCAUGACCUCUAACCUCUGGAUCCUAACCCUUGAUCUUCCAUCAGUGAUGCCUCUUGACCUCACUCAAAGGUUGUUCUGGAGUCAGCACAGAGACCAGACCAGUCUUACAGGAGAUCCCCCUGCUCCUAUACAGAAAAAGAAGAAAUAGAAAAAAACUAACAAGCAUUUGUGGUUAUGUUCUCUUCUUUCUGAGGACAGGAAUAUCCCACCUGCAGCCAGUCUGUCAAAGACUGACAUUUAUCAUUAGCAGGAACUCACAGACUGUAUUUGACAACACCUAAAAGGACUUAUUUUGCUUCAUGUGUACAGCAUCCUCCACUCUGUUCGUUCAGCUUCAAACCUGAAGAUGAGGGGAGUUUCAAAGGGAUAAAACUAGUAAAGGAAGAAAGACUGAAGCUUCUUGAGCUCUGUCAGAAUACCGAAAAUAAAUUUAGAUGUUAUUUUGGCUCAAGGGACAGAGCACACACAAUAGGCCACAUUAGAGGUAAGUCUCCUCCCUCUUUUUUUUUCUCUAAGCAACCAUGAAGGAAACCCAAAUCUUAGCAGUACGCUCUGUUGUUUUGGAGUUACUAUUGACUUAAUGACAUCUCAAAAAACAGAAAGUUCCCAAGUACUUUCUUUGGUUAAAUAUUCCUCUAAAAGGUGAGUUUUUUUCGUAGUUUAAACAUUAUGUGCCUUAACAUCUCCAUUAUGAAAGUAAAUUCAAAUAUUUAUUCAUUACUAACUAAUGAUUUGAAGGUUUUUGAAAUUUAACAUGUAAUGUGAUUUAAUCUUUCAAAAGAUAUCCAGCUACAAUUUUUCAUCUUAAACUAGUCGAACAUAAGACAGAAGUUUGUGCUGAAUUAUGACAUUAAUUAGAGGUGGGAGUUACAAUUCUUUUAAAAGAGGAAAGUCUGAAAAAGCAUAGAGCCAAACCUGACACUACUUUUUUCAAACAAUUGUAUUGUGGCUAAUUUAUAAUUUAUAAGGUUGUUCAGCCAGCGUGUGCGUGUAAUUCACACAGAGACAUGGAGUAUUGGUACAAUAUGGACAAUACAAAACCGACUGGGUUUGUAUAUAGUAAGAUGUGAAUGUGUAUGCCUGCGUGUGUGUGUGUUUCCAUGUGCGUGUUUCUUUGCGAGUGUGCAUCUGUAUUUUAGUGCCAUAGCCAUUGUGUGAAGAACAGGAUCCAACACAACCUCAAAGUCCAUGUAUUUAUUGAGAUGGUAAAUCCCUGUAAAGCACUUUUCCCUCUCUGAAAAAGUUUUGUUUUGUCAAAAAACAAGAAAUGAAACAAAAGGUUUAUUUGAUAGACUGUGCAUCAUAAAUGUUUUGUGUAAUAAAAUGCAAUAAAAUAG